GCGAGGGAGGGCGGGGAGCGGCGCGGGGCUGGCCGGGCGCCUGGCGGCGGCGGCGGCUCCGGGGAUGGUCCACGCUCCAGCGCCGUCACGUGUCGUUCCGCUCGCAGCGAGCGGGUGGAGGGCGAGCGCGGCCGGCGGCUUCGGGGCGAAACUCGGCGAAGGAGCGGAGGGGACCGCGGCCGCCGUGCCCGCUCGCCCCGCCGGGCGCUGCCGCCUGGAAUGAAGAGGAGGAGGAAGAGAGGAUGCCGGAGCUCGGGCCGCCUCCCCGCCCGCCGCGCGUGGGAACGGCGCUUUCCCUGCCUAACGCGAUGGGACUGAAUGGGGUCGGCAGCCGCCGCGCCGGCUGAGCCCCGCCGCGUCCUUAGGGUUUUUUGCCCCUUCUUUCUAAGGCAGCGCGUGGUUUUGGGUGCAAACCCCGGACUUUGCAAAGCAAUCUCCGCCCCCCAGUAGGAUAUUUAAUCUGCAGGAGGCAUCGCUGCGCCCGGAGCCGGGGAGGGGACCCCGCCGGGGGAAGAUGCGUUUCUCCCUCCCGGCGCCCGCUCCUGGGACGGGACUCGGGUCUGGACCGCUCGGAACGGGACUUUUCCCCAUCUGAGAGCGAUUUGGGCAUCGACAGCCACGGAAACUCCAAUUCGGUGCUGGGAGCUGCGUCUGAGCGGCUGCUCCCACUCUGCUCCCGUCCUUCCAAAAAGGAUCCCGAGCUAUUUGCCUGGGGUGGUUUUUUUGUUGUUGUUUGUUUUGUUGUUUUUUUUUUUUUUAAUUGUUGUUGCAUGAAUUUUAUUUUAGGGGGUUGUUUCCCGCUGGUUUGGGGUCUUGCGGACUGCUAAGCCGCAGGGACGGCUCUGCCGCCUCUCGCCAUGGCCAGCCCCACGGAGAAUAGCGAGGGCUUCUUCUCGGAUGUCAGAAAGGUGGGUUACUUGCGCAAACCUAAGAGCAUGCAUAAACGCUUUUUCGUGCUGAGGGCAGCCAGCGAGUCCGGACCCGCCCGGCUGGAGUAUUACGAGAAUGAGAAGAAAUGGAGACACAAGUCGGGGGCCCCCAAGCGCUCCAUCCCACUAGAAAGCUGCUUCAACAUCAACAAGCGGGCUGACUCCAAGAACAAGCACCUGGUGGCCCUCUACACCAAGGACGAGCACUUUGCCAUUGCAGCUGACAGCGAGCCCGAACAGGAGAGCUGGUACCAAGCGCUGCUGCAGUUGCACAACAGGGCCAAGGGCCACCACCACCUCCAUCACCAUCACCACCACCACCACCACAGCGACGUCACCUUCGGCAGCAGUGCGGGACUAGGGGAUGCGGGUGAGGACAGCUAUGGCGAGGUAGCCCCUGGCCCGGCUUUCAAGGAAGUUUGGCAAGUAAUUCUGAAGCCUAAGGGCCUAGGCCAGACAAAGAACCUGAUUGGCAUCUACCGCCUGUGCCUGACUAACAAGACCAUUAGCUUUGUAAAGCUGAACUCGGAUGCUGCUGCUGUGGUGCUGCAGCUUCUCAAUAUCCGCCGCUGUGGUCACUCUGAGAACUUCUUCUUCAUUGAGGUGGGGCGCUCUGCUGUCACCGGGCCCGGCGAGUUCUGGAUGCAGGUGGAUGACUCGGUGGUGGCGCAGAACAUGCACGAAACCAUCUUGGAGGCCAUGCGAGCAAUGAGCGAGGAAUUCCGGCCCCGCAGCAAAAGCCAGUCUUCCUCAAACUGUUCCAACCCCAUCUCCGUGCCCCUUCGCAGCAGGCACCAUGCCAACAACCCUCCACCCAGCCAAGUGGGGCUCAGUCGCCGGUCCAGGACUGAGAGCAUCACAGCCACCUCUCCUGCUGGUGGUGGGGGUGGAGGUACAGGUGGCAAACCCAGCUCCUUCCGUGUGCGAGCAUCGAGCGAUGGGGAAGGCACGAUGUCGAGGCCUGCCUCUGUGGAUGGUAGCCCAGUUAGUCCCAGUGCUAACAGGACCCAUUCACAUAGACACCGUGGCAACUCUAGGCUCCAUCCGCCGCUCAACCACAGCCGGUCCAUCCCAAUGCCUUCCUCACGCUGCUCUCCUUCAGCCACCAGUCCAGUCAGCCUGUCAUCCAGCAGCACUAGUGGCCAUGGCUCCACCUCGGAUUGCUUGUUUCCACGGAGGUCUAGUGCUUCAGUUUCGGGCUCCCCUAGCGAUGGUGGAUUUAUUUCUUCUGAUGAGUAUGGUUCCAGCCCGUGUGACUUCCGCAGCUCUUUUCGCAGCGUGACCCCAGAUUCAUUGGGUCACACACCACCAGCUCGGGGUGAUGAAGAGCUCAACUACAUCUGCAUGGGGGGGAAGGCCACCUCCUCUUGCUGCAGCCUGGCAGCCCCCAACGGCCACUUCAUCCCACGCACAUGCCACCCACAGCAGCAGGCCCGCUACCCUAGCACACCGUGCUGUCCUCGAGGUGGUAGCGAGGAGGUUGCUGACUUGGAGAAAACCUUCAGGAAGCGGACUCACUCUGCAGGCACUUCGCCUACCAUCUCCCACCAGAAGACGCCCUCGCAGUCUUCGGUGGCCUCCAUUGAGGAGUACACUGAGAUGCUGCCUUCUUACCCCUGCGGUGGCAGCCGGCUGCCUUCCUACCGGCACUCAGCCUUUGUGCCCACUCACUCGUACCCAGAGGAGUGUCUGGAAAUGCACCACCUGGACAGUGGCCAUCAUCGGACCAACUCUGCCCCGCACACAGAUGAUGGCUACAUGCCCAUGUCCCCCGGCGUAGCCCCUGUGCCCAGCAGUGGGGGCGCCCCCAAGGGUGGUGACUACAUGCCCAUGAGUCCAAAGAGCGUGUCGGCCCCACAGCAGAUCAUCAACCCUGGCAGGGGGGGCCGCCACACUCCGGCCACAGUGGACUCCAAUGGCUACAUGAUGAUGUCCCCCAGCGGCAGCUACUCCCCAGACAGCAGCUCUGCGGGCUACGGCAAGAUCUGGACCAACGGCGCCGGCCACCACCCAAAACUCUCGGUGGAGAGCAACGAAGGGAAGCUCCCCUGCGGUGGCAGCGACUACAUCAACAUGUCCCCGGCCAGCGGCUCCACCACCAGCACCCCUCCUGACUGCUACUUCGGGGCUGCGGUGCAGCGGGGCGUCGAGGAGGCAACGACCCACGCCAAACCCAUCUACUCCUACUUCUCGCUGCCGCGCUCCUUCAAGCACGUGCACCGUCGGGGCUGCGGUGGCGAGGAGGGCAGCCCGCAGCCCCGCGUCGCUCUGGGUUGUGGACGCCUCCUCUACGCCGCCGAGGACUCGUCCUCCUCCACCAGCAGCGACAGUCUGGGUGGCGUAGGUGGUGGCAUCGCUGGUGGCGUUAGCGGCGGUGGUGUCGGUGGCACAGAGGGUGUCCCGCGGGUGCAGCCCCCGCGCACGGCGGACACGGCGGUGCAGACGCGAGGCCGCCCCGCACGCCCCACGCGGCUCUCGCUGCGCGGCCCUAAGGCCAGCACGCUGCCACGGGCACGGGAGCAGCCGCCGCUCCUGCUGCCCCCCGAGCCCAAGAGCCCCGGCGAGUACGUCAACAUCGAGUUCGGCGCUGCCAUCGGGAAGCCCCCUUUCCCCUCACCCGCGCCGGGUAGCGGCGGAGCCGAAGAGUACGUGAACAUGGAGCUGCGGGCGCCCUGCCCCGGUGCGGAGCCCACGUCGCGGGAUGCUCUAGGGAUGCAGCUGCGGGGCGGUUGUCCCACCGACAGCGCAUCCGUGCAGCUGCGGAGUGUUUGUCCCAAUGACACCGCAUCCCGGGAUGCUCUAGGGAUGCAGCUGCGGGGCAGUUGUCCCGCCGACAGCGCAUCCGUGCAGCUGCGGAGUGUUUGUCCCAAUGAUACCGCAUCCCGGGAUGCUCUAGGGAUGCAGCUGCGGGGUGGUUGUCCCGCCGACAGCUCGUCCCACCGCUCGCCCGCUCUCCUGCUCGGCUACGCCGCCGACAAACCCGCAGCGACGGCAUCGUCGGCCGCCCCGGGGGCGCCGCGCUCCUCCUCCUCCUCGCUGCUCGGCGGCCCCGGCGCGGGCAGCGCCUUCACCCGGGUCAGCCUGAGCCCUGGGCGCAGCCGGAGCGCCAAGGUGAUCCGUGCCGACCCGCAGGGCGGGCGCCGGCGCCACAGCUCCGAGACCUUCUCCUCCACGGGGCUCGGGGCUCCUUUUCCCGGCGUCGGAGGCACCGCGGGAUGCGGGGAGGAGGCGAAGCGGCACAGCUCGGCUUCCUUCGAGAACGUGUGGCUGCGCCCCGCCGAGCGCCGGGAGCCCCCCGAGAACGGGCUCAACUACAUCGACCUGGACCUGGGCAGGGGCUGCGCCCCCCGCCACCCCCGCCACCACCCCCGCGGCCCCGAGGGCAGCGCCCCAGCGCGGGGCCGGCAGCCAGCCCAGCCCCCGGGGCAGCCCCGCGCCGGCGACGAUCCCAGCGCCUACGCCAGCAUCAGCUUCCAGAAGCGGGACGAGGCGUAGGAGUCGGGACCCGCCGGGAAGGACGAAUGAUGACCUAUACAACCUCAGCAAAUCCUUCUUUUAACUCAUGGGUAUCAAGACUAUAAAUGUUUCAUGCUAUCACAACUAGGACCUCACCUCCUCCUCCUCCUCUUCCUCUGUAAAUGGGUACGACGCAUCCAGUUCAGUUUGUUUACUUUACACAAACCUCAGGAGUUAGUUGACUGAGCUGCACAUCCUGUGUUGUGCCAAGCAGAAGCACUGUGACACCUGGACAAUGAGUCUCUCUUACUUCAUCCUCUACCAUAAGUACUUCGCCGGCCACAGUGAACUGAUGUGCCCACCACUAUGUCAUGGUGAGAAUGGGUAUUUUACUAGCACAUUUACACAACUUCAUUUGCUGCUGAAAACCUGUAUGACAAAUCAUCAUUGUAAAUUAUUACAUACAAAACUUAAUGUUGGUUGAAGAGUAUUAAAUAUUUAACAUAGGUUUUGAUUUAUACAUGUACUUUUUUAAUUAAAAUGUAACUUUUCCUACAGCACAUCUUUUUUUGAUGUGGAACUGAGGUAUACUAUAUUCUGUUGUAAACAGAGUGGGAAACCUGCUUAAAACAAGACUUCUAAGAAUAGAGUAGGGUACUAUUCUUGUUUUAAGAUUGUAAUUCAGAAAAUAAUAUAAUGAGUCAUUGGUCUCUGGGCCUUGAUUGUACAGUCAUAUUUACUGAUACUAUCAGUUGUAAGAUAACCCUGAUGAUGAGUUGAAUUCUUUCCAAAAGAAAAAUAAUUUUGUACUCCUUGUAAAAUAAUAGUCUGUAUUAACUACAAUGAAGACAAACAUUACUGUACAUGGUAUUUACAAGCGUCAACUUGAAUUCAUCAGUUGCACAGGAACUGACAAAAAAAAAAUCAGAAAAAAGAAAUCAAAGUCUUCCAUUGUAUAUAUUGUAAAGUAAAAAAGAAAAACCCAACCAACAGAAAACCACAAAACAAAAUUAAAAGAGAAAAGGGUGAACUUUUCAAAUUGACUUUUUCCCUGGAAUGAAAAUGUGGGUGUUUGUAAAUUCUGGAAAAUCUCUUUCUAUAUGUAAUAAACUAGAUACUGUUUUAUCUGCUGUAGUGGUUUUUGGGGUUUAUUGCUUUCUUGGUAAGCUGUCUUGAAUAUCUCAUAUUGUCCCACUAGGUUUCUUUGAUGUUUCCAUUGUGUGUAACUGAGAAUGGCUGUGGAACACCAUAGCCUAAGAAUAAAGUCGAGUGUAAGUAGGUGUAGUAGGGAGUAUUGCUUCCUUGAAUUAUUUCACUAAAGCUCUUAUUUCAGUUUUCUGGAGAACCUUUAGGAUACAGCCUUCCUUCCACUGAAGUGGGUGGAGGAGUUCACAGCAACUGAAAUCACUGGAAGCCUUUGCAAGACUUCAGCAUAAAAUUUAAAAAGAACAGCCCAGAUGAUUGCCUGGAAAUCAGUGCGAGAGGAAGGAUGAGGAAGAAUUCUUCUGCGACUCUCCUGUGCUCCAGUCUGGCACUAUGUAGAUAGAAAUUAUUUUGUGUGUAGCAUUUGCAGAGCCUUAAUUCUUUCUUGGGAUGGGAAAAAUAUUGAGAUCAUGGAUUUCCAAGUACAAUGUUGUUGAAGUGAUAAUUGAACUUGAAGCCGUGUUUGGUCCCUGUUGGUCCUUCCUCCUGCUUCUGCAAAGCAACUACAUGGACCAGUGCACAUUAAACAGGAUCCUUGUUAUCAGGAAAAGGCAGACACUCAAAGCACCAGGUCUACCUCCAAGAAGGCUGUCACACGCUCAAAGAAGGGGUUUCUUUCCCUUGAGAUGUUUAUGGUGUCUGGGGUUAGGCUGUGGUUAAUGCAGUGUCCUCUCCUGACUGCAGUGUAGGUGAAGGUGCCAUUGCACGGCUAUUUUUCACUUCUUUUGCUGGAUGCUUAUCAUUCCCUUAGAUCUGCUGGUAUUGCUGCACAUAUAUAUCCACGUUGACCCUGUCAUGUCAAAAUAUUCACUUCAGAAAGGACUUGCAGCUUAAGAAUCCUUAAAUCAUUCCACAUUACUGGGAACAGUUGCAUGAGUGGUGAUGCUGGCGGAUUUGAGGAUGUUGGUGCAUGGUGAGGCUGCAGCUUGAGAAGGGCCUGUGACCCCAGGGUGCUGCCUUUGGAAAUCUUGGACUUUGCUGACAGAAGUCUCCUCUCAAAGAGGCUGACACCAAUUAGCAAAAUGCAUGAGGCUUUGGGGUUUUUUUGUUGUUGUGGGAAGGGGCAAAUUGAUCCACAGUAACUUGCGUAUUCCUCUUGAUGAGCAAUGAUAUAUGUAUUUUUUCAAAGAAAGAACCAUUAAUAUCUAAGAAGGCAGCACUUACUUUAAAAAGUAAGCCACGUGCGUCAGACCAGUGUUUAAAUUUGUAAGUUACCGAUUUUAAUUUUAAGAUACUUCCUUUUUUUUUUUUUUAGUGGAGUUUUAAUUGCAAUGCAAACUUGCUUAUGUCCUGAAGUAAAACAUAAAAACAACACCGCCAAUGAUGUUAAUGUGCAUUGGUUUUAUGUUAAUUGAUUUUUUUCGUAGUAAAAUCAAACAUGCCUGUUUAGCAAAUGGUUUGAAAGGGCUUUUGAAGUGAAGCGCAUUCAUAACCAAAUCUGAAGUUCUUGAUUCUUUUCUUCCAUAGAUUUUUAUUCUUAUAAAUUGCAAAUUGUAAUAAACAGACCAUUAUGAACUGAACUCUUUUAAUGUCAAGUGUAAAUGCCUUAAAGAUGACACUAUACUGUCUUACCCUUUUAUGAGUUUUGUUCUGUUUGCCACAGACCAGAUUAUCAUUUCUUUAAGUCUUAAAAUGAGCAACUACUAAAGCUCAGAUGCUUGAGAGUUUAUUUUGCUUUCAGAUCUUUCAAGUGGAAGUUUCUGGUUAUUAUUUGAGUUCCUUUCUGGCUCCAUUUCUGGGACAGCUUCAGUUUUCAAAAAGUCUGUGCUGAAUGCAUUUAUUAGUAUUGUUAGUUGAAAAUUAAUGGGGUUGGAAAAACCAUUUGAAGCAGUUUCCAGGAACACAAGCAACGCUUAGACACUUGGGAUUUUGCAAGGAUUGCUGUGUUCAAACUCAAUUUGAUGCUGAGUUGGCGUGUAUGUUGUGGAACCCUAAAUAAAUUCUCAUAUUUCCAGUCUUUGAUACUAACCUCUAGAAUCAGUAUUUAAAAUGUUGUAUGUCUCCUAUAGUGUUUGUUAACUGUUUUUUUUUCCCAGCAAAAGUACAAAUUCAGCAAAGAAGAAGGAAACUCGGGUCAUGGUUAUAAGCAUAUGCUAGUGCUGUAACCACACUUUCUGCGUAUUUAAGAACUAAGCAUCUGUGUCCAUCUUGCUACCAGCUGACUUUUAGCUGAAGCUAUUAUUCAUGCCCUCUAUUACACUCAAGGGCUAUGUAAUGAGUAGUAUGAGCUUAAAUGGGUCCUAUCAACUUAGCAUGUGCCAUAUUUCAGUGACAUAACUCUGCUCGGCAGCAACAGAUUAAUGCAGCAAUAUGAACAGCCUUCACAAUUGCUUUUGAAAUGAUUAGCUGUGAAGCUAGUGCUUGGUAGCAGCUUAAGUACAGCAUGUCAACUGUUAAUUGAAUCAAUCUGGAUAGAUGCUAAAUGCUUUGUUCUGCAACUUAAUUCACCU